AUGGAGGAACGUAGGGAGGGAAAAUUGUACUAUCUUGGGGAAGAAGUAGUAAUUGAAUCGGCUAAGGUUGAUGGCAAGCCUCAAGAUGGAGAGCAAAAAGAGGUUAAAAUGCAAGGCGAGGAAGAUGUAGAAGAUGUGUGGCCGAGUGAAGGAGAUUAUUGGGCUGGUAGUCUUGAUUUGCGUCGUUCUGUUACUGGUUGGUGCAUGUUUCUAGGCAUAUCCUUGAUAUCUUGGAAAUGUAAGAAACAAUCUCGUAUGUCUAAAUCAUCUAUGGAGGCUGAGAAUCAGGCUAUGUCGACAGCAAGUUCGGAAGUUGUUUGGCUACGACAUCUAUUAUCUGAGCUUGGUGUCGCUAUUAUAUCUCCUACGAUGUUACAUGCUGAUAACACUAGUGUGAUUAAAAUAGCCAUAAACCCUGCGCAACAUGAAAGCACGAAGCAUAUAGAGGUGGACUAUCAUUACAUUCGGGAAAUAGUUGCUGACCAUCUUAUCUCCAAAUUUCUACUGUUUGAUCACCGGUAUCAAUUUGAGGGGGGAUGUGAAAUACCCAAAGAGAUAAGCAAUCUCAUUGAGUUGGAGCUACUAAGUCUUGCAGUUAAUAGUUUUAGUGAUUCACUCCCAAUGGAGAUCUUCAAGAUAUCCUGGCUGAGAAUAAUUGAUCUUAUAGACAACAAUCUAUCAGGAAGCCUCCCACCAAACAUGUGUUCUAUCUUACCCAACAUUGAAGUGCUUUAUCUGGCCAACUUAACCAAUCUUGUUUUGAUUAAUCCUCAUUCAAUCUCCAAUUGUUCAAAACUUAAAAUUCUUGAGCUUGCCAACAACAAACUCACAGACUUGAUUCCCAAUUCUCUUGGAUAUUUGACUCAUCUACAAUUCCUAAACUUGGGGGAAAACAAUUUCACGAGCGAUUCAUCAUUAAGCUUCCUGACUUCCUUAACAAAUUGUAGAAAUUUAACAGUUCUUUAUCUACCUUUCAACCAUCUAAAUGGCAUGCUUCCAGCCUCCAUGGGAAACCUUUCCACCUUUCUUAGAAAAUUUUACGCCAACAAUUACAAAAUCAUAGGGCGAAUUCCAAAUGAAGUUGGGAACUUAAGCAGCUUAUUAGACCUUGAUAUUUCUGGAAAUAACUUUGUUGGAUUGAAUCCAACAUCAAUUGGCAACUUGAGAAACCUUCAACGCUUCAACUUGAGGAACAACAAACUUACAGGAUUUAUUAGUGAUCAUAUAUGUAUAUUGCAGCAUUUGGGUGAUAUUUACUUUGGUCAAAAUCAACUUUCUGCAUCUCUUCCUAAUUGUUUAGGGAAUAUUGCUUCCCUUAGGGAGAUACAUCUGGGUUCCAAUAAAUUGAGUUCCAUUAUACCACCAAGCUUAGGGAACCUUCAUGAUCUAGUAGUUCUUGAAUUAUCGUCAAACAAAAUCUAA